AUGUCGCCCUCUAGGAUCAACACGAGAAAUGGAUCACCGGCGUCACCGACGGAUGUCUCCCGAGGCGUGUUUGGGGCAACCUUUGGCACAGAUCGGCUGUUGAGGCUAUGGGAGAAGUACAACAUCAAGACCACAUGGUUCGUCCCUGCCCACACGGCCGUCUCUUUUCCGGAUGCUGUACGGCGAGUCCGAGACUCUGGACAUGAGAUAGCACUCCACGGCUGGACGCACGAGUACGUGACGACCCUCAGCGAGGACCAGCAGCGCGAAGUCCUCCGAGAAUCGAUCAAGGUCAUCACCGAGGUGGCCGGACGGCGGCCGAAGGGGUGGACGGCGCCGGGAUUCGAGGCCUCGCGCCAGACCGUCCAGCUGCUCGAGGAGUUCGGGCUCGAGUACGACCACAGCUUCAUGUACCACGACUCGCAGCCGUACUGGCUGCCGUACGUGCCCACCUGGAAGGAGACGAGCAUGGCGUCGCGGGGGGACGGCGAUCGGGGCACGCCCGCCGCGACGCCCGCGGACUGGAUGGUGGGCAUGUCGGCGCUCCAGCCCAGCUCGGUCGUGGAGAUCCCGGCCAACUGGCACCUGGACGACUGGCCGCCGUUCCAGCUGAACCUGAAGCAGGCGAGCACGCACGGCUUCGUCGACCCCUCCGUCGUCGAGCGCCUGUGGAAGGACCAGUUCGACUUCUACUACCGCGAGUACGACCAGUUCAUCUUCCCCAUCUCCAUUCACCCGCAGGUCAGCGGCAAGGCGCAGGUGAUCCUGAUGCACGAGAGGCUCAUCGACUACAUCAACGCCCAUGCUGGCGUGGAGUGGUGUACAUUCGAAGAGAUGGCUCGCGAGUUCCGAGAGGGCACUCUGCCUGGGGUCACCAUCACCGGCGGCCUCAAUCCACCCUACUCCUUUGGAGCUGAUCCCUAG